CGUAGGUAAAGCAGACGUGGCAUUGACGUCAAUUCCGGAAACGACUAGCAUCGGAACUUUAACUCCGGGGUUGAGUAGUUCUUUUCUGGAAAAACAUAGCGGGCUCACCAAAAAUGGUUUAAUACCUACUCAAAAAUGCGUGGGCCUUUGUUCAUGAAGGAUUGUCCGCCUUGGAUGUGAGCUUGUUCCCACAUCGGGAGAUCCUUCUGUUUACCGUACAGGCUUCAGGCUGAGGGUUCGGGCGUCGUUUCAGGUAUUUUCUGCUUCAAAAGCGGGUUUAUAAUCCUCUGACGGCAAGAUGACGUGCCGCGAUCGGACCCUGGAGUUCCAGUCCGCCUGUAAAUCUCUGCAAGGCAGACAAAAUGGAGUCCAGCCCAGUAAACCAGCUCUUGCCGCCCUGAGGCAGCGCAGUGACUUCACAGUGAUGGCAAAGAGAAUUGGGAAAGACUUGAGCAACACUUUUGCCAAACUGGAGAAGCUCACUAUUUUGGCAAAAAGGAAAUCCUUAUUUGAUGACAAAGCAGUGGAGAUUGAAGAGCUGACGUACAUCAUUAAACAAGACAUCAACAGUCUGAACAAACAGAUAGCACAGCUGCAGGACUUGGUGAGAUCACGUGGAGCUCCGGGUGGCCGACACAUCCAAUCUCAUUCUAACACUAUAGUGGUGUCACUACAGUCUAAACUGGCGUCUAUGUCAAAUGAUUUCAAGUCGGUCCUUGAGGUCAGAACAGAGAACCUGAAGCAGCAGCGCAGCAGGAGAGAACAGUUCUCCCAGCCUCCCGUCUCGACUUCUCCCAUGAUGGCAAACAACUUCAGGAGCCGCAAAAAAGGGGCCCAGGAGCCGCACGCAGAUCGUGAACCGCGCUAUGACUACCAGGGCUAUACAACCACAAAUGUAAAAGAGAGUUCGGUUCUGAUGCAGGAUGAGUCGCGCAGUUUGGGAGACGUGGCCAUAAAUAUGGACUCUCAGAGCAACCCUCUGCAGCUCCAGCUCAUCGAUGAACAGGAUUCGUACAUCCAGAGCCGUGCAGACACCAUGCAGAACAUUGAGAGCACCAUCGUAGAACUGGGUUCUAUAUUCCAGCAGCUGGCACACAUGGUCAAGGAGCAAGAGGAGACUGUCCAGAGAAUCGAUGCCAACGUCGAGGACACUCAACUAAACGUGGAGGCUGCGCACACGGAAAUCCUCAAAUAUUUCCAGUCAGUCUCCUCCAACCGGUGGCUGAUGAUCAAAAUCUUCCUUGUUCUUGUGGUCUUCUUCAUUAUCUUUGUGGUGUUCUUCGCCUGAAGAAGAGGAACAGCUGUGGUUGAGGAAAAUGUGAACUUUAAACUGGACUUGGAUCGUAUUUUGAAGAGCGGUAUUCUCUAUGAGGGUCUAAUGGAUGCUUGGGAUCCUUUCAAAGCGAUAAAAGACUUGUGGAUUAUUCCAAAGCUUCAGACUGAUUCUAUCCUGAUGAAGAGAUUGAACUUCAAAUGAAACAUGCAAAUGAUCUGAAGUACUCACUUUGUGGAAGGAAGGAGCAGAAAACUGCCCUGUGCUGUACUUUGACCAACUCCUCCUAAAUGUUUAUUCAAAGUGGCUAUAAUUUAAUAGUUUGAUUGUCCAAACUGUCCAACAUUUUUUGUUAUGUCAUCACUAUUCCUUUUUUUUCUGAAGAGCAUCGCAAACUUGUAAUUCUUAACAUCGUUCAGUCAAAUGUUUUUUGUAACCAUACACAUUCUGGUUUGAAUCUAAGCUUAUUUUGCCAAAUGGGAUGUUCUUAGUAAACUGUGACCGGAUGCAGAUUUACCCAAGAAGGCCGCUUACUGACAGCUGAAGGGAAGUCUGCAGUGUGAGGUUCGAGCUGCUUGAAGUUCUGGAAGAAUGCUGUUUAUUAAAACGAACAGCUUUAAUGGUUAAACGCUUCACUCACGCAGAGCCACGGAUAGAAUCGGGUGCUGAUGAAGGGGUUCUGCGGCUGAAACAAUUCGCUAAAGUGGAUCAGUCAGGUUCCCUGGAAGUACUCGGCUGUCUGUAGUCGACUCCUCCUGUACAUGACCACAGAUUUUUAAGACGAGAGAAGACAUUCUUGGUAUUUUCCUCUGGUUUUUUUUUUUAGCCAAAUGCCUUGACUUCAGUGUACAAAGUGCAAAUAGUUCAGAUGUAUUGAUGAGAGAGUGCACAAUAAUAAAAUAAUAAUCGGAUGCUGGCA